AUGACUCUCAACGGAAGCUGCAUGUGUGGUGCCAUCGCCUAUACCUCAAGCUCUGCCUCUGCCACUGCGUUGAUUGUCAAAAGGUAUGGGCGGUUCCCUGUGGCCCAAUGCCCCUGUGGGAAGGCGACGAAGACUGAGACCUCCAUUGAAAAGUGGACCGGCAGCGCAUUCACAUCCAACGUUAUUGUUCCAAGAGAUUCGUUCAAGGUCACUAAAGGAACUCCGCGGUCGCAUGAUGUCACGGGCGAGAGUGGGAAGAUUAACAAGCACUUCUUCUGCGGCGAUUGCGGAUCGAGCCUGUACUCGGAGCUGGAGAUGAUGAGCGACAAGACGGGAAUCAAGGCGGGCACGCUCGACGGUGGAGAGGCGCAUUUGCGCAACAAGGUCGACGUCGAGUUCUAUGCCAAAGACCGUGUGCAUUACCUGGGUGCACUUGACAACGUGAGGCAGGAACCUCGUCUUGGUCAUCAUAGCGUGACCGAGGAGCCAGGCUCGUUGCUCACAUAUUGUCCCGAGGAUAUAUUCGCCUCACAACUCAGAGAAAGCGAGCGAGAAUGCGAACUGAAGAAUGGCAUGGCCGGGAAUCCCGCCGUCUUAUCAACCAUCCCUCUCGACUACCACAUCUCUAUCAUCAAUCAACUAUUUGGGCCCGGCUCCGCCGCUCCACCGGCUGUCCAUUUGCCGAGCUACCUGGCCGGUCUCCCACACAGACUGCACAGAGACGAUAUCGAGUAUCUUCAACGUAGUGGGGCGCUUGACCUCCCCAGAGACAUGCUCCGGAACGAACUACUGAAGAGCUAUCUGCUCUGGGUCCAUCCGCACAUGCCUAUAUUGGGGCUGCAUGAAUUUCUAUCCGCUGUCGCCGGUGAUAAUGAAUCCCAUCGGAUCAGCCUGUUACUAUUUCACGCCGUGCUGUUUGCUGCUUCAGCUUUUGUCGAUGUAUGCCAUAUUCGUGAUGAGGGAUAUCCUUCGCGCAGUUUUUUCCGCGAGAGCCUAUACCGCAAAUUGAAGGUGCUUCUCGAUCUCGAAUGCGAAGACGACCAACUCACUAACGCUCAAGCGAUUUUGCUGAUGAUAUCUCAUCCUGAGCCGCACCGCGACCGGAAAGAACUCGCCCACUGGUUGGAGAUCUGCAUCUCUAUGAUCAGCUCGAGUCAGACUCAAAUGGUCGAGGCAAACGCAAGAAAGCAACAAAUAUGGAGACGGACGUGGUGGUCCAUAUUCAAUCAUGUGCGACUAACAUCGAGUAAUCUUCUUACCUUGAUGAACGGUCCAGAAAACGGCAGUGAACGCGAAACCCCUCUGCCCAGUACUCAGGAUUUCAGAUUCGGUGCCUUAUCCCCCAACGUCCAAACAUUAGUAGGGACCUACGACUUCCUCCGUGAUGUGCAGUAUCAACAGUUCCAAGCGAGGCUGUUCAUUGAGAAAUCCAAGCUCUGUCAGAUAGGACAAUUUCCUGAACUAUCAGGAGACUUGUCUGACUCUCCCGGCCGCGAAGGCCGCGAAGGCGGAUUUGCAAGUGCGGUAAACAAGGCUUCCGCUGCUGAAGUCGCGGACCUCGCCCAGAGAUUGGGCAGAUGGCAUGCACAACUGCCACCGGCGCUUCGUCAUCAAUCACCGACCUCAUCGACUGUCACGGAGCUGGAACAAUUCAUACUUGUCCAUCGUGCCUGGCUGCUCUUGCUUUAUCUCGCAUCGGCCUACGUCGUCUGCAGUCGCAAUGUAGGGAGCAACAGCCACGCAAAGGAGCACAUCCUAAACAGAAUCAGCCUCAUCUUCGAUGAACUAUAUCGCUUGAACCUCAUCACCUUUCUUCCUAUUUCCAGCAUCGCUAUUCUCGUGCCGGCAGUGGAGUUUCAUAUCAAGGCUGUCGAAUCGACUUACCGUCAAACCAAUGAAGCGAGUCAAAGAACGCUCCAGCAAUACUCAGAAAUCCUGCAUCAGUUGCAAGAGAACUCCGCUCUUGCCGGUCGCAUGAUUGAGAUUUUGAGCAAUGUCACUGCUCCUGGAGCUCAGGACGACCUGUCGAGAUUAAUGGCUUCGGAAUCCGCCGUGAUGGAACGACCAGUCUCCCAUUCUGAUUUUGCACUAAACGAAACUGACGACUUUUACAAUUUCUUGGAAUCGGGCAUGUCAUUUGCAAAUGUUAUCCCGUCGGCAGAUGACAGUACAAACAUCGGGCUUGGUCCGCCUCUCUAUAAUGAGAGUUAUCUUACACAAUUUCUGUGA